UGGUGGUUGUAGAGAACAGGCUUUGAACUGGUUCUACACCAACCGCGCUCUCAAGGAUAGAGGCCUAUUGGAGGAUGAGCGGCCGACACAAAAUGCGAAGAACAGGACUGAGGGGAGCUGUCCACUAGCACCACAGGGCUAACAGACGCGGAAACCUGUCCGUCUCGAUUGUAGUACGGCUUAAGAAGAUUUUCGUGACAGACCUUUUCUGAGAAGUCCACACCCAAAGGAUCAGAUCUAAUGUCAGACAGAUGAAUCGACGGCAGUGUAUCCUGUGAGAUAAAAGGCAGACCAUGUAUGCAGUUGUUACCUUGCAAGACUCAGAUGAGGUGAUGGUGGUUGCAUCAAAUUGGUUGAGCCUAGAAAAGAAACAAUGUUACUGGCCUCCAUUCAAAUCCACAGAGAAGUGCAUGGAAGCUGUUCAGAACAAACUAAAGCCUGAAACCGGAGGGAAACCAUGGGAGAAACUAAACAUUAGCUUUCACAGAGAAUAUGUCACUUUUGAGAAGGCAAAAGAGGGGCAAAAAGAAAUCAAAGAACAGAAAGAACGGACAUAUCUAUUAGCCACUGGAUUCCCUGGAAUACUAAAAAAACAAAGGCUUGAAAGCACUCAAGGAAUGUCAAAUAAUCAGCCAAAACCACUUCUUCCUGCAUCUACAUCCAGAAUGUCAGCUGAUGACAAAGCUGAAAUCAUCCGAAUGCUGAGAGACAUCAAGAGCACGGUUCAGGAAAACUCUGCCAUGUUAAAAAAACUACUAAAAGACAAUCCAGCUUCUGAAGCUCCCAGCAGUACAAGCGUGCCUUCAAAAGACAUUAAAGCAAACCUAAAACUGCCUCUUAGAAGCUUUGAAGAUGUGGCCAGGACUGAAAGGGAGCUCAGCACCGCAACAACACGGAACAAAUAUGUAAAAUAUUUGUCAAGGCUUGGAGGUAUUGGGAAAAAGGAUGUGAUUAAGAAUAUUAUGCAGCAAGUCCUAACAGACGAUCUGGCUAAGGAGUUCAACUGGCAGGGCAGAGGAGACAAAAGACCCUUUUCUCAGCUUAUUUUAACAGAUGUGAUCCGAGAUGCUGCAUUCAAACGAAGUGUAAACAAGAGUGACUGUGAAACUGAAAUCAAAAAAUAUCUGAGUUACACGGCUGAUCGACUCGGUCGGAAGAAACCAAGAGAACAUGGAGGUCCUGGGUAUGAGAUUCCAAAUGCGAUUUCUACCUCACUGAUGGACAACCAGCCAGAGACGGAAACAUCUUGGAACUUUUUGGAUUGAUGAGUUUUUGAUCAUCAGUCAUAUAUGAUGUAGACCCACUUAGACAUUAAACAUAUAUUUUGUGAGAUUUAUUUGACUUGGACAUUACUUAAUGAAUUGUCAUGUUUCCACCUUCAAAUUGUAAUACCUCUGUCAUACCCAUGUACAUGUUAUACAAAUUUUGUCCCCGUAAACCACAAAAACCAGUACACACACACACACACACACACAUUCCUAUCCAUUUCUGUAAAAUAACCCUUUUAUUUAUUUGUUUUACUUUUUUUAAUCAUGCAUAGUGAAACGGCUUGUGAGCUAUAUUUAUAUAGUCUCCAAAAAUAUCAUUUUCAGUUCUAGUGCCAAAAUAUUUGUAGGCAUAUAUGCUUCUGACUUCAGCUUGUUAUUGUUGACAGCAAUUAGAUAUAUUAAUGAAUUGAAUUGUAUUUUAUUUUUUGUAAGUGUUUGAAUGAACCAUACAUUUGAAUAAACCAUUAUACAUUGCAUCUUGGUUAAAAAAUAAAGUGACUCAACUCC